AUCAUGGUAGUAGUAUCACCACCUUGCUCGACCUAGCCAAAAACAUCCUAAAAAUUGGGAAGCAGAAUUGAAGUGGCAACACUAGCACUUUCAAUUCAGUUUCUUGUUCUUUGACUUCACCCCAUUUCACUUUUCUCUUUGUUGUUAUAAAUUAAAGACCAGUGCUUCAAUACUGUGUUGCCUGUCACCUGUUUGACGAAAUUCCUCACUCAAGUUCACAGGUGAUUCUGUGAAUUUUAAGGCAAGAUGAGUACUGAGUCAGAAAAUGAGGCCAUUAAGUUACCUACCAGUUUGGAUGAACCUCGUGUUGUGGAGCCAAUGCGGUUGCCUACCAUUGAAGAAGUUCGAGGACAAGACAUUUGGAACAACUGCGCUGUGCGUAGCGUCACAAGUGGAGUAAUGGGAGGUGCACUGGGAUUGGCCAUGGGAUUGUUUCUAGGAGCAUUAGACAAUCCCAUAAUGCAAGAUGAAAUGUCUGGUAAGCAGCAAUUCAUUUAUACUGCGAAGCAGAUGGGUCGGAGGAGCUGGGGUUCCUGCAAGACUUUUGCUGUAAUGGGUUUUAUUUUCUCGGCUACUGAAUGUGUUGUGGAGAAGGUCCGUGCAAAACAUGACAUGACAAAUACAGUUGCUGCGGGAUGUGUAACUGGAGGGACAUUGUCGGCAAAAGGUGGUCCAAAAGCUGCAUGCAUGGGAUGUGCAGGCUUCGCAGCAUUUUCAGUUGUAAUAGAGAAGUUCUUGGAAAGACACGAGUAAUAUGGAGAUUUUUUGCGUACACAUCACAUCGGAAUCAGGCGGGAGAGUCUUCCACAUUGCUACCCGUAUUUCAAGAUCAUGGUUUUUACUAAAAUAAUUCCCUAUUUGCAUCAGGGUGUUUGGAAGAUAUAUAUUCAUUUUUGUUUCACAUUAUCUCGUCUUAACUUACCUUUGAGCUCCAAUAUUUGAAAUGGUCACUAGGAUAGUCAUAGGUAAGAGUGGUCAUGGACGCUGUAGGCACUAGGCACUUUAAGAUUAUAUGCACUGUUCAUUAAACUGUUUGAUUCACUUGUUCUUUUAUAUGAACAAUAUUGAACAGAGAUUCUUGUAUAUGCUUGUUAUAUACCUCAGCUCAUUGUGUCAUAUAAGAUAAAAACAAAUGCAAAACCCAUGGCUUUUGCCUAUAAACGGACCCAGUCAGGUUCAGGCUUAUGAAA